UUUUGUAUUUUAACUUUGUAUUUUUUCUUUUAUUAUAGUAUGAAAAUUGCCUCAGAAAGUUCUAUAAGCACCAGAACACUGAAGUUGUGUUGUAUUUGGCCCGGGCCCUCUUCAAGUGUGGCAAGUUACAAGAGUGCAAACAGACAUUACUAAAGGCUAGACAUGUGGCCCCCAGUGAUACAGUACUUAUGUUUAAUGUGGCCUUGGUCCUGCAAAGAUUAGCUACCUCUGUUCUGAAAGAUGAAAAGAGUAAUCUGAAGGAAGUACUUAAUGCUGUGAAAGAACUGGAGCUUGCACAUAGAUACUUCAGUUACUUGAGUAAAGUGGGAGACAAAAUGAGAUUCGAUUUGGCCCUUGCUGCUACAGAAGCCAGGCAAUGCUCUGACUUACUGAGCCAGGCCCAGUACCAUGUGGCCCGGGCACGCAAACAAGAUGAAGAGGAAAGGGAAUUACGGGCCAAACAAGAGCAAGAAAAGGAACUGUUAAGGCAGAAACUUCUUAAAGAACAGGAAGAGAAACGUCUCAGAGAAAAGGAAGAGCAAAAGAAACUUUUGGAACAGCGGGCCCAGUAUGUAGAGAAGACCAAAAAUAUUCUUAUGUUUACUGGAGAGACUGAAGCAACAAAAGAAAAGAAAAGAGGUGGCGGUGGUGGACGGCGUUCUAAAAAGGGAGGAGAGUUUGAUGAAUUUGUCAAUGAUGAUACCGACGAUGACCUGCCUAUAUCCAAAAAGAAGAAGAGAAGAAAGGGCAGUGGUAGUGAACAAGAAGGCGAAGAAGACGAGGGUGGUGAGAGAAAGAAGAAAAAGAGGAGAAGACCUCCAAAGGGAGAAGAAGGAUCUGACGAUGACGAAACCGAAAAUGGCCCCAAACCGAAAAAGCGCCGUCCCCCAAAAGCGGAGAAGAAGAAGGCUCCCAAGCCAGAACGUCUGCCUCCUUCAAUGAAGGGCAAAAUAAAAUCGAAAGCCAUCAUAUCGUCAAGUGAUGAUUCUUCAGACGAAGAUAAACUUAAAAUUGCUGAUGAAGGACAUCACCGCACCAGCAACAGCGACUCGGACGAGGGAGAGCGGCGGAAGAAACGUGCCUCUUCAGAGAGCGAUUCUGAUGAGAACCAGAACAAGUCUGGCAGCGAGGCCGGCAGUCCCCGGAGGCCCCGCAGAGAGCAGUCAGAUGAGGAUUCAGACAGUGACCAGCCAGCCAGAAAGAGAAGGCCCUCAGGUUCUGAGCAGUCCGACAAUGAGUCUGUGCAGUCCGGGAGAAGCCGCUCUGGAGGUUCAGACAUGGACUCCCGCCCCGCGUCCCCUAGUGCCGAGUCCGAUCACGAUUCCGAGAGAGGCUCUGAUAAUGAGGGCUCUGGCCAAGGCUCUGGAAAUGAAUCCGAACCAGAGGGAUCCAACAAUGAGGCCUCGGAUCGGGGCUCAGAACAUGGGUCAGAUGAUAGCGACUAGGUUUUAUUUCAUAAAUAAGCUUCAUCUCUGGAGGAAACUUUUUUAAUAUAUGAAAGCUGUGAUAAAAAAAAAAGUUUCAGAUGUUUAGUCAAACAAUUGUGAAAUUUUUCCUAAGGCAGUUUUUUUUUCUACCCGUUUGUCUAUUACUAAGCCCCAAGAGAUAUUUCCUGUGCUAGAGUCCAAUAUUUGAGUCUCUUGAGCAAAUGAAGAGCGGGACUAUUCUUCAUUAUGGUACAAUUCCACCUGUCGUAUGUGAAAACCGCAGUAAAAACAAACCCAGAUGCUAAAUCAUUCCUACAGAGGUUUGACAGACUGGCAGACGUCUCACCAUCUUGUAUGUUAAGCAGCAUACUGUUUUGGAUUUUAUUGCAGUCUUUUACCGAGUGGUGCAAGAAACUUGGUAUUAAUGUCUUUGUUCCAUUUUAAGUUGAGAUUGAUAAUAUUUUUAUGUUCUGGACGAAGAGGUAUCUACUGUGUAAUUGCACCAAAGUACAAGUGUAAGGAAGAUUUUCUUCAAAAGUGUAAUACUGCAGCCAUGUAGAUAAAAUCACAAAUACAUAAUUUGUUAGGUCAAAUAAGAUGUGGAAAAAUGCUUUUCUGUUAGUAGAAUGCGAAGAUAUACAUAAGCCACACAAUAAAAUUCUUUUACCAACUUUUA